AUGUCAAGUAAAAAAAAGAAAAGAUUUGAAAAAUAUCUUGAGAAAAAAUUGAAAAAAGAAGAAAGAGUGGAUUUAUUUGAGAAGCUCUCAAAAUCAUCUUAUUCUUCAAAUUUAAUGAAAUCAAGUAAAGAUCUGGGAAGAAAGAAAGAAACCAGGAAAGAAAAGCUUGCCUUAAAAUAUGGUAAACAUGGUAUAGAUGAGGAAGAAUCGAUAUCACCACCAUUUAAAAAAAAACAUAAAAGCAUUAAUAGUGCAACUGUAGACAUGGUUGGAGAAAAAAGUAAAAAUGCUAUUAAUGAAUUCAAAACUACUGUUAAACAGGCUGAAGAAAUACAGGCUACAAGAUUGAAAAAUAUUAAUCAUGCAACUGCAUACAUGGCUGAAGAAAGAAAUAAACAUACUAAUAACAACAAACCAAAAACUUCUGUUAAAAAGACUGAGAAUAUUAAUAAUGCAACUACAGACAUGGCCGAAGAAAAUAAUAAAGAUCUUGUUAAAAAGGCAUUUUAUAUCCCAGUUGAAAGGUCUGAAGAGAUCCAGACUGCGAGGAUGGAGUUACCCAUUUGUGGAGAAGAACAAAUAAUAAUGGAAACAAUAAGUCAAAACUCAGUAGUAAUAAUAUGCGGUGAAACAGGUUCAGGAAAAACAACCCAAAUACCACAAUUUUUAUAUGAGGCUGGUUACGGAAACAAGAAUAGUGAUAAUCCUGGAAUUAUAGGAAUCACCCAACCCCGUCGUGUUGCUGCAAUUAGUAUGUCAAAACGUGUAGCAUAUGAGUUAUCAUUGAGUGAUCAAGAAGUAUCUUAUCAGGUAGUUUCGCCUAAAACUGUUAUUAAAUUUAUGACUGACGGCGUUUUACUUCGUGAACUUACUAAUGAUUUUUUACUAACAAAAUAUUCAGUCAUAAUAAUUGAUGAAGCACAUGAACGAACUUUAAACACUGAUAUAUUAAUUGGUGUUGUUAGUCGUGUUUUAAAUUUGCGAAGAGAAUUGAAUCAAGAUGAUAAAAACAAAAUCAAGCCUUUAAAGAUUAUAAUUAUGUCAGCUACUUUAAGAAUUUCUGAUUUUACUGAAAAUAAAACGCUUUUCAAAAUACCACCACCUAUAAUAAAUGUCAAUACAAGACAAUACCCAGUUUCAAUUCAUUUCAACAAACGUACUCCUCAUAUUAAUCAUAUUAGUGAGGCUUUUAAAAAAGUUUGCAAGAUUCAUACAAGGCUUCCACAUGGAGGUAUUCUCGUCUUUCUAACCGGUCAAAAUGAAAUAUCUGUAUUAUGUAAGAAACUUCGAAAAAAAUAUCCUAAUACUUUACGAUAUCAGAAGAGUGAAAUAUUUUCAGAAAAUCAACAACAACCAAAUCCACUUCAUAUACUUCCAUUAUAUUCUUUGCUUUCUUCAAAAGCUCAAUUACGUGUAUUUGAGCCACCACCAGAAGGAACACGGCUUUGUGUUGUUGCAACAAAUGUAGCUGAAACUUCAUUAACAAUUCCUGGGAUAAAAUAUGUUGUAGAUUGUGGUAAAGUUAAACAACGUAAAUAUGAUGCUAUCACAGGUGUACAAUCAUUCACAAUCGAUUGGACUUCAAAAGCAUCGGCAGAUCAACGUGCAGGCCGCGCAGGUAGAACAGGGCCUGGUCAUUGUUAUCGUCUUUAUUCUUCGGCUGUUUACAAUGAUCAAUUUCAAGAAUUUACACCAGCAGAAAUUCAUCGUAUGCCUAUUGAAGGUGUUGUACUUCAAAUGAAAUCUAUGAAUCUUGAUAAUAUAGUCAACUUUCCAUUUCCUACACCACCUAAUCGUGAUCAAUUGCUCAAGGCUGAGAAUCUAUUAAAGCAUAUGAAUGCAUUGGAUGAUAAUACUGGCCAAAUUACUGAAUUAGGUCGUGUUAUGGCAACAUUUCCUAUCGCCCCCAGAUUUUCCAAAAUGUUGAUAAUUGGACAACAACAUGGAUGUCUUCCGUACAUAAUUGCAAUAGUUGCUGCUCUUUCUGUUGGUGAUCCAUUUAUCAAGGAUUAUCAAAUAGAUGACAAUGAUAUAGAAAAUGAGAGCGAGAGCGAGGAAGAAGAAGAUAUUACUGAGAAGCAGGAGUUAAACGAGAUUCAAAAAGAAUCUAUGUUCAAAAAAGAGCGUCGAAAAUUAAUGAAGAAAAGAUUUUAUGAAAUGCAAAGGAAACAUGCAGGGCUGGAUCCGAACAGUGAUAUCCUAAAAAUUUUGAAUGUUGUUGGUGCUUAUGAAUAUGAAGGAUGUACUGAAAAAUUUUGUAAUCAAAAUUUCGUUCGCAUAAAGGCUAUGCAAGAAAUACACAAAUUAAGGGGACAGAUUACAAACUUAGUUCAAACUAAUUUUCCAGGCGUUAAUGUUUAUCUAGAUCCAAAAAUGAAACCUCCGUCAUCUUUACAACUUAAAGCCAUACGACAAAUGAUUACAGCAGGUUUCAUUGAUCAAGUUGCUGUUAGAAAAAAUUUAAUUGAUAAAUCAAGUGAUAGAUCCUCAUCAAGAAAAGGAAUCGUAUACAGUACAAUGUGGACAGACGAUGAUGUUUACAUUCAUCCUUCUUCUAUCCUAUAUCAUGCAAAACCUCCAGAUUUUGUUGUUUACCAGGAAUUACAUUAUACAAAUAAAGUUUGGAUGAAAGGAAUAACUGUCAUCGAAGCAAAUUGGCUUUCUAAAUUAGGAAAAUCUUUCAAGAAAAAAGAUUCUGAAAUGACAGCAUAUGUAACGCCGAAUUUUGGACCAAAAAGUUGGGAACUUCCACCCAUAAAAGCUAAAGCACAAAAAGUUGGUGGAAGAUGGGUUUUUGGAAAAAUUUGA